AUGUUUUCUUCCCGGUUUGUCGGCCGGGUGGCCUCUGGCACCCGUUCCUUCUCUACAUCGAGAUUGAUGCGGACGGACCUCUCCUUCCAGGUUUUUGGCCCGGAAAAGGAGCCCGCGACCCGCAGCCCGAUUGUCUUUCUCCACGGACUCUUUGGUUCUAAGCAGAACAACCGGAGUAUUAGCAAAGCUCUUGCACGUGAUCUCAAGCGACAGGUCUUCGUAGUGGAUCUGCGGAACCAUGGUCACUCCUUCCAUGCCAAGGAGCACAACUACCCCGUCAUGGCAGACGACGUGAAGCAGUUCAUCCACAAACAAAACAUGGACCAAUGUGUCCUAAUCGGUCAUUCUAUGGGCGCUAAAACCGCCAUGACCGUCGCUCUGGAUGCCCCCGGCCUCGUGUCGGCUCUCAUCCCGGUCGACAACGCGCCCGUCAACGCCGCCCUCCAGAGCGACUUUGGCAAAUACGUCCGCGGCAUGCAGCGCAUUGAAUCCGCCGGGGUGACCAAGCAGUCGGAUGCAGACAAGAUCCUGGCAGACUACGAACCGUCCCUCCCCAUCCGUCAAUUUCUACUGACCAACCUCAUCCGCGGCGAGGAUGGCACGAUGAAAUUCCGCGUCCCUGUCUCUGUGCUCGGGGAGUCGCUCCCUAACAUGGCAGAUUUCCCUCACCGGGAAUCCGGGCCGAUCUCCUAUGAUGGGCCUUCGCUGUUCGUCAGGGGCACCCGGAGCAAGUAUGUCAGCGAUGAUGCGAUCCCGACCAUUAAGAAAUUCUUUCCCAAGGCGCAGAUUGCCGAUGUGGAGGCCGGCCACUGGCUUAUCUCGGAAAAACCAGAGGCUUUUCGACAAGUGGUGGUCAAGUUUUUACAAGACGCUUCUUAA